AUUUUUACCUAUUCUGGGUAAUGCGGCACCUCAAAAUAACAUGCCUGUCUGUCUUUGCUACAGAGUACAGACAAACAAAGAGUAUCUUCGUGCUGGAUACUGACUCUUCUCUUCCACCCCUCUCCAUCUCUAUCGUAGCGGCUCACCGCUUUGUGAGGUUUGGUGGCUGAUCUAGUUCUAUGACGGUCUCGAAACUCGCUCUUCUGUGCGUUUUAUUUGCCAUAAUUUGCACCAGUAUUAGGGCCGACGUCUCAAUUGAAGAUGGAGGCGAAGUCGUUGGAUCGGACCGCUCUGAUUCCUCCGCCCUGAAGAUCGAACUUGACCAACUCAAGUCUAAGAUCCACCAACAAGAGUCUCGUAUUGAGGGAAAAUCUCGAGAAUUGAAAACGAAGGAUGACUUGAUAGCACAGAAGGAGAAAGUCAUUCAAGAGAAGUCCGAUAGCAUUGCAUCUUUGCAGAGUGAAGUAUCGUCACUUCAGGCUUGUAAGCAGGUUGAUGAACUGAAAAAGGAAUUGGAAGAACAAGAAAAAGAGAAGGACGUCUUGAAAGCCCGGGCUAUUGAAGCAGAUCAGAAAGUGAAGGAACUGAGUUCAAAGCUAGAGAAUCUUCAAAAGAUUAAUGAUGCGCAGAAGAGCAAAAUCCGUAAGACAGAGCGUGCUCUUAAAGUUGCGGAGGAAGAGAUGAUGAAGGCAAAGCUGGCCACUUCAAAAAGUAGAGAAUUGACAGAGGUCCAUGGUGCAUGGCUUCCUCGGUGGCUUGCAGUUCAUUUGAUUCAUUGUCAGUCCUUCCUGGAAACACAUUGGAAUGAGCAUGGAAAGCCUGCAAUGGAUUUGGUGUAUCAAGGGGCCCUGGAAAAGAAGGCUCAAGCUGAAAAGUGGGUUAAGCCCCACAUGGAAACUAUUAAGACUAAAUGGAUCCCUGCUACAAAGGAGCAAUUUUUGGGGAUGAAAACACAAGUUGAACCACAUGUCCAAUCUCUAACUACCAAAACACAUGAAUUGUAUGAGGCUUCAAAGUCUGCAAUAACUCCCCAUGUUGUCAGAGUACAAGAAAUAGUGGAUCCUUACUUUCAGGAAGCUAAGAAAUUUAGUAAGCCAUAUAUUGAUCAAGUUGCCACUGUGACAAAGCCUCACAUUGAGAAAGCACGUGCGGUUUUGAAGCCCUACACGAAAGAGAUAGUUCAUGCUUAUGGGAAAUUCUUAGAAUAUGCUUCCACAUACCAUCAUCAGGUCCAAGGUAAUGUCCAAGAAAUGCUGGAAAAAAAUGAGUUGACCAGAUCACUCGCAACUAAAGAGUUGGUGUGGUUUGCGGUUCGUGUUUGCUGGCACUAUGCCUCUGCUUUUUUGGCCCUUCCAAUCAUCAUUUUGUCCAGAAUAUGUUCAGCCAUUUUCUGGAGUUAUACAUAUUAUUUACCUUACCUCUGUAACAAGAAGGCAAAGAAACCUGUUCGAAAUGCCCAUUCCAACCACUCCCGUCGCAAGGCUAAGAGGGGGCAUCCUGACAAGUAGAGUCCAGAAAAUAUAUUUUCUGGGCCUGUUUCUUUUGGGGAAUGUACAAGAAUGCAGACGGUACAUUUGUGCUCUUGGCAUUUGGGGCUGCGGAGUUCCAUGGUUGAUGAACCCUGAUGAUGUUUUUUUUUUGAAGCUCCCUGCUCUUUUGUUUCUCCUCCAUUUUAGAUCUUUGUGAAGAAGGUGGAUAGAAGCAUUUCAUAUAUACUAUUAGUCUAUUACUAGACAAUUAGAUAUCCAGAUACCUCGAGUGAGUUGUUACUACGAAGUCAUGUAACCAUACAUUCCUUCAGAUCU